AUGGGAAACUUUGUCUCCAAACGUAAACGGAUGGAUCUAAUUGGUGUGCCUCAAGGUCCCUUUUCUGUUGCUGGAGAUGUUGCACAACAAUACCCAUGUCAGGAAGAGGGUACUGUUGGGGCAAGUGGGACUUGCAGAGCUGGUAGUGAAAUUAACCUCAGCAUGGAAUGGGAAACCCCUAAACAGGCAUCUGAACACCAGAAUUCCAGGCAGUCCAUUUACAGCACCAUGGAUGCAGUACCUCAUCUUGAGUUUUAUACCAACUCCAUAGGUCAUCAACGACGUAGCAGGCCAUCGCUGGAGAGUCUCCGCAAGGUUUCUGAAGAUUAUGAAUUAAGUAGUGAUAUGGGCGACUUGAAAACAGAAUCAGUGAUCCAUGAGGAAGAGGAGAAGCAGCAGAACAGCAGUACUAAAGGGAAGACCACUCAACCAGUCCGCUUUGGCUGGGUCACAGGUGUCAUGAUUCGAUGUAUGCUGAAUAUUUGGGGAGUAAUUCUGUUCCUGAGACUGCCUUGGAUUACAGCACAGGCAGGAAUUCUUUGCACUUGGGUUAUCAUCCUCCUGUCUGUAAUGGUAACUUCAAUCACUUCGUUAUCAGUGUCGGCUAUUGCGACCAACGGAAGAGUCUCCUCUGGUGGUGCCUACUUUAUGAUUUCACGUACUCUGGGUCCCGAACUGGGAGGUCCAAUUGGUAUGGUAUUCUCUUUUGCCAAUGCCCUUGGCUGUGCGCUCAACACUGUGGGAUUUGCAGAGACUGUCCGAGAUCUUCUUAUUCAAUAUAACGCUGUCAUGGUGGAUGCAAUCAAUGAUGUUCGUAUAGUAGGUGCAAUCACAGUCACUUGUCUUUUGCUGAUCUCCUUGGCUGGAAUGGAAUGGGAAUCCAAGACGCAGGUUUUAUUCUUCCUUGUGCUGAUGGUGACCUUCAUUAACUAUUUAGUGGGGACUUUGAUCCCAGCCACUCAAGAGAAGCAGUCAAUGGGCUUCUUCAACUACAGAUAUGAGGUCUUUGCAGACAACAUAUUUCCAAAGUGGAGAGGCUCACAAGGUUUCUUCCAGAUGUUUGCCAUCUUUUUCCCUUCUGCAAUUGGGAUUUUGGCUGGAGCCAAUAUCUCUGGAGAUCUAAAAGAUCCUGAAACUGCUAUCCCCAAAGGAACACUAAUGGCCAUUUUUUGGACAACCAUAAGCUAUUUAGUAAUAACUGCAACCGUGGGUGCAUGUGUGGUGCGUGAUGCUUCUGGAAACCUGAAUGACAGUUUGACACUGAAUUUCUCAGAUCCAUGUGAGGGUUUAGGAUGCAAACUAGGUUGGAACUUUACUAUGUGUGAGCAGAGCCAGUCCUGCUCGUAUGGCCUGGCCAACAACUUUCAGGUGCUCAGUAUGGUGUCUGGUUUCGGCCCCCUCAUCACGGCUGGCAUCUUCGCAGCCACUUUAUCAUCAGCUCUUGCUUUCCAGGUCUCUGCUCCUAAAGUCUUCCAAUGUCUCUGCAGGGACAACAUAUACCCAUACAUAGGCUUCUUUGCAAAGGGUUAUGGGAAAAAUAAUGAGCCACUGCGAGCAUACAUUCUGACCUACUUCAUUGCUUUGGCCUUCAUCCUGAUUGGAGAGUUAAACACCAUCGCUCCUCUCAUCUCGAAUUUCUUUCUGUGCUCCUACGCUCUCAUCAAUUUCAGCUGCUUCCAUGCUUCCAUUACAAACUCACCAGGAUGGAGGCCGUCUUUUAAAUACUACAGUCGCUGGACUUCCCUGUUUGGCGCUGUAAUCUCUGUGGUGCUGAUGUUCCUGCUCACCUGGUGGGCUGCUCUUAUCGCUUUCGGGAUCAUCUUCUUUUUAUUAGGUUAUGUUAUGUACAAGAAGCCAAAGGUUAAUUGGGGCUCGUCUGUCCAGGCUGGUACUUACAAUAUGGCUCUGUCCUAUUCGGCCUCUCUUGCAACUGUAGAUGAUCAUGUCAAGAAUUUCAGACCUCAGUGUCUGGUUUUAACUGGUCCUCCAAACUUGCGUCCUGGCCUGGUUGACUUUGUGGGCUCUUUCACAAAGAACGUCAGUCUGAUGAUCUGUGGAAACAUUCUCAUGGGUGAAAGUAAUUCUGUAAAAUCCCAACCCAGUACAGACAGAUUAGUAAAAUGGCUGAACAGUAGGAAGGUCCGUGCCUUCUACACUACUUUAAAGGGAAAUAGUUUGAGAGAGGGAACUCAACAUCUCUUGCAGGCAUCUGGUUUGGGAAAACUUAAGCCUAACAUACUGGUCAUGGGAUUCAAGAAUAACUGGAAGGAGUGCAGUCCUUAUCACUUAGAAGAUUAUGUGAACACCAUAUAUGAUACAUUUGAUUCUAACUAUGGAGUGUGUAUUCUGAGAAUGAUGGAUGGACUUGACAUUGAGGAAGAUUUGGAGUCUGAAGAAAACCAAGCAUUUGAGGCUGACGAGAACAUCGACUCAGAUCAGAGCAAGAUCUCAGACCAACAAUCAGAUGACAAAAAAUCAAACCAUGUGAUCAACAAUGAUAUUAGAACAGUUUUUCAGAAUAAACAGGGACAUAAGACCAUAGAUGUGUACUGGAUCUCUGAUGAUGGAGGUCUGACUCUGUUGGUGCCAUAUCUGUUAACUAGAAGGAAGCGCUGGAGGAAAAGCAAAGUUCGUGUUUUUGUCAUAGGGGAGCUGCACACCAUGGAGCAUGAGCGCAAAGAGAUGAUAACAUUACUACGAAGAUUUCGCUUGGAUGUCCACGAUGUCAUUGUAAUGACUGACACUGAAAAGUCGCCUUCCUCCAAAAGCUUGAAGCGAUUUGAGGAUUCUGUGGCCUUGUUCAGGGUCCAAGAGGAGCAGCAGAGAGAGGUGUCAGAACAGCAACAAAGGACAUCUUGUCCAUGGAAAGUUUCAGAUAAACAGAUGGCGGCAUUCAGGCUUAAGUCAGAGAGAAUGGUGAGACUGAAUGAGAUCAUUAAGCGGAAUUCCAAAAAUGCUGCACUCAUCUUGGUUUCGUUACCUGUCCCUCAAAGCAACUGCCCUAGUUCUCUCUAUAUGGCCUGGCUGGACACACUGAGCUUUGGACUUCACUGCCCCGUCCUGUUUAUACGAGGAAAUCAGAAAAAUGUACUCACGUUCUACUGCCAGUAACACACCUACAAACAGUUAACGAUGAUGGAUCAAACUAUGCAAAUCUCCAGACAAUAUCUUCCAUCUGAGCAUUUUCUUUCAUACAAACAUACAUUGAGCAUAUUUCCAAAGAAAGCUUUGA